GGGCGGAGGGGCGGCGUGUGGGGGCACUAGGAGCCGGGUGACCGGCUGCGUUCGGUAGGUGGCUGUACAUGUGGGCUCUUCGCUCAGCGUUGCUGUUGCGCUCCGCGGCCGGGCGCGCCAUGUCGCAGGGACCCGCCCGCCGCCAGCGGCCGCCCAAGGACCCGCUGCGGCACCUGCGCACGCGGGAGAAGCGCGGCGCCUCGUGGGAGCCCCGGGGCCCGAACACCGUGUACCUGCAGGUGGUGGCUGCCGGCGGCCGAGACGUGGGCGCAGCGCUCUACGUGUUCUCGGAGUACAACCGGUACCUCUUCAACUGUGGAGAAGGCGUCCAGAGGCUCAUGCAGGAGCACAAGUUGAAGGUGGCUCGUUUGGAUAACAUAUUCCUGACCCGAAUGCACUGGUGUAAUGUGGGGGGGUUGUGUGGCAUGAUUCUUACCUUAAAGGAAACCGGGCUCCCGAAGUGUGUGCUUUCUGGACCCCCACAACUGGAAAAAUACCUAGAAGCUAUCAAGAUAUUUUCUGGUCCAUUGAAAGGAAUAGACCUGGCUGUGCGGCCCCACUCGGCACCAGAAUACAAGGAUGAGACCAUGACUGUCUUCCAGAUCCCCAUAUACAGUGAACAGAAGCGUGGAGAAGACUGGCCAUCUCCGAGUCCAGAACGACUCAGUCCAGGGCGGUCUUCGGAUUCUGGAUCGGCUGAAAACGAGCAGCACCUUCGGGACGGUAUUGGCCAGAAAAAGAGCGGCAGGGACCCCUCCCUGGUUGUAGCUUUUGUCUGUAAGCUUCACAUGAAGAAGGGAAACUUCCUGGUGCUCAAAGCCAAGGAGCUGGGCCUGCCAGUCGGGACAGCUGCCAUCGCUCCCAUCAUUGCUGCCGUCAAGGACGGGAAGAGCAUCACUUAUGAGGGCAGAGAGAUUUCGCCUGAAGAGAUCUGUACUCCUCCAGAUCCUGGUCUUGCUUUUGUUGUGGUAGAAUGUCCCAACAAAGGAUUCAUUCAACCCAUCUGUGAGAACGCCACCUUCAAGAGGUACCAAGGAAAUGCCGAUGCCCCCGUGGCGCUGGUGGCUCACAUGGCCCCAGAGUGUGUGCUCGAGGACCCCAGGUACCAGCAGUGGAUGGAGAGGUUUGGGCCCACCACCCAGCACCUGGUCCUGAACGAGAGCUGCUCGUCGGUCCACAAUCUCCGCAGCCACAAGAUCCAGACGCAGCUCAGCCUCAUCCACUCCACCAUCUUCCCCCCGCUCGCCGUCCCCCGCCGCCAGGAAGAACACGCCGCCUUCCGUGUGCCCACAGUGCGGGGCGAAUGUCUCCUCAAGUAUCAGCUCCGUCCGCGGAGGGAGUGGCAGAGGGAUGCCGUUAUUGUCUGCAAUCCUGAUGAAUUCAUAGCCGAGGCCUUGGCGCUCCCCAAUUUCCAGAAAAGCGUGCAGGAAUACCGGGAGGCCGUAAAGGAUGUCCCAGCCUCAGCAGAGAAAGCCAAACAGUAUCCAGAAAUCGUCUUCCUCGGAACGGGCUCUGCCAUCCCGAUGAAGAUUCGAAACGUCAGUGCCACGCUUGUCAACAUAAGCCCCGACAGGUCCCUGCUCCUGGACUGUGGCGAAGGCACGUUCGGGCAGCUGUGUCAUCACUACGGAGACGAGGUAGACAGGGUCCUGGGCACCCUCGCCGCCGUGUUCGUGUCCCACCUGCAUGCGGAUCACCACACAGGCUUGCUGAAUAUUCUGCUGCAGAGAGAACGGGCUCUGGCGUCCCUGGGGAAGCCGUGUCCCCCGCUGUUAGUGGUCGCCCCGACCCAGCUCAAGGCCUGGCUCCAGCUCUACCACAACCAGUGCCAGCGGCUGCUGCAGCACGUGAGCCUGAUUCCCGCCAAGUGCCUUCAGAAAGGAGCGGAGGUCUCCAGCCCCGCGGUCGAAAGGCUGAUUGGUUCGCUGCUGGCAGCAUGUGAUCUGGAAGAGUUUCAGACCUGUCUGGUCCGGCACUGCAAGCAUGCUUUCGGCUGCGCGCUGGUCCACACGUCUGGCUGGAAAGUGGUCUAUUCUGGGGACACCAUGCCCUGCAAGGCUCUGGUCCAGAUGGGGAAGGACGCCACCCUCCUGAUCCAUGAGGCCACACUGGAAGAUGGCCUGGAGGAGGAGGCCGUGGAAAAGACACACAGCACGACCUCCCAGGCGAUUGGCGUGGGCGUGCAGAUGAACGCAGGCUUCACCAUGCUGAACCACUUCAGCCAGCGCUACGCCAAGGUGCCUCUCUUCAGCCCCGACUUCAAUGAGAAAGUGGGGAUUGCCUUUGACCACAUGAAGGUCUGCUUCGGGGACCUCCUGACGGUGCCCAAGCUGAUGGCCCCGCUGAAAGCCCUGUUCGCCGGCGACAUCGAGGAGAUGGAGGGGCGCAGGGAGAAGCGGGAGGUGCGGCUGGCGCGGGCGGCCUUGAUGUCCAGGGAGCAGGGGGACGGCCCCGAGGACGGGGCGCCGCUGCAGAAACGGGCCCUCACGGAGCCGCCUCCGAGCCCACAGAGCAAGAAGGUCAGGGCCCAGUGAGGGACCCUGGACUCGGAAGGCUGGCGUCCCCCGCACGGCACGGCGCGGGUCCCCCCUGGCCUGGUGGGAGCCGGAGGGCUCUGCUCGGCCAGGAGGCACUGGGUCGUCGUGGGUUGUGCAUGCAGGCCUCGCCCGGGGCCCCUGCACAGGGACUGUGCCUCGCACGCCUCGGGCCGUGAGCCUGCUGGAUGGAAGAACAGGGACAACUGGAAAUCGGUACAAACCCAUUUUUAAAGAAGUCACAUGGAAAAAUGGAGUGCCCACGCCUGCUCCGGCCAAGUUACUCCCUCCGCACACCCGAGGCCAGCUAGGGCCCGCAACGCUGGGUCGUGGACAGGACUCCAGGAAUAGUCUUUCCAAAGACAGGACACAAUAGAGGCCACUGGGAACCUGAGUGCUUUGCUUCGUCCCGAUGCCGCCUCCGUCUCCCUGCCAAGCUGUGCUGCCCGGUACCCAGUGGGAUCUGCGAGCCAGCUCGGACCGCGGCGAGGACCCAGGGAGCCGCCACCCCGCUCUAGCCUAGCUUCUGCCCACAUCAAGCCAUGCCAGCUGGGCCCGGACGGCGGCUCAGGAAAAUGCAAGUCUUCCAGGGGAAGAUGAGAGACCACAGCUGUGCUGUGCUUCGCCCCACGGUGAGAACGAGAUGGAGACUCCCUCCCUGCCCUCAGAGAGCUGAGAGAUCGCGCGUCAAGCUGGCUCUCUUGCCCUCCUUUUGGGAUUUAACAACACUGAGGUUAGUGCUUAAUCUGGUAUUUAUUUGUGAGAACACAGAGCUUUAAAAGCUCAGGUGAUUUGGAAGAGACGGACCGAGCAUUUAGCCUUGCCCAGCCCGACCUCUGGCGUCCUCCUCGGGUGCCCCUGCAUGGUGGCGUGUCCCCACGCAGCUUAUUAUCAACACAAGAAGAUAGGCCACGCUCAGGGAUAAUAAAUCUAUUUUAAUAACAUUACUUUCAACAACUAUUUGUACAUGUAUUUAAAGGUAACUUUCGACCCCUGGGCUUCAUUACAAACUGGAUACAGACCCGUCCUUGCCAGGAAGUGAGCAAAGCUGUUAACAUCAAAAGUUGGCAAAUCCCCCCCCCAUCGGGGCGGGUUAUUUAUUUUUACAGUGUCGGGAAAAAUAACUAAGCCUUUAAAUUUCUCAUUGUACACCUAUACAUUGGUUUAGUUUGAAUGGCUCAAAUUAAACAAAUAUAGAUUUCAUAUAUACAAAUAUUAUAUCAUGGUAUAGGUAUGUUGUAUCUAUUUUAAAAGGAUAAAAUUGGAAAGCGUGACUUGG